AAUCUAUGGAGAAAAAAACAAGCGAAACAGCUGAAGAUGAUGAUAACUUAUUUAAUUGCAUUCAAUUAAAUAAUCCAACAGUUCAUAUUAUUAGUAAUGAUAAGUCAAAUAUUUGGAAUAAUACAAAUUAUGAAAUUAUGUUAGGUUUCAUUUCAGUAAAAUCAACUGUUACUUCUGGAAUCACUUCUACUUCAUAUAUUGAGCCUGUUUAUGCUAUAGGAAUUGACUUCCAAAAAGAUUCUACCAGGCCGUGCAUUGCCUGUUGGGUUGAUAAACCUCUUGGAAUUCACAUUCUGGAAUCGAUUGUUACGGUAGAUUCUGUUGAUCCAGUGAUUUUUCAAAAAUUUACUAUAACUGCUCGUAUUUGGGCAGAAAUUACAUCAUCUAAUAUUCUAGAAUUUGAAGUUGAUGUGCUUGAUUGCAAAACAGGAAAUAUGCUUAGUAGAACUAAUUCACCGUUAUUUAAAAAGCAUGGUUAUGGCUAUUUUAUUGAUUCUAUUGAAAUCUGUGUCUCUCCGAUUGCAUGUACACCUAAUAAUAAUAUGAAGAGCUUAUUCACAACGAUAGGUGCUGCCUUUCCACAAAAUUUAAAUCGCAAUGUUGAACUCUCAACAGUUCAUGAAUCAAGUGUUGGUGGACAAUUUAACGGAGAGUUUGGAAUAGUCUCCAAAAUCGUAGCUCAAGCAAAUGGCAAUAUAAAAUAUGUUGACAGUGUUAAAUCAAUAUCAGAUGAGUGGGAUGUAAUCAUUGUGGUUGUGGUACUACCAGAGAUUUGUGGUCACAUCAAUAUACUGCUCAUGAACUUGAUAAAGAUGGAAGCCGCAGAACAAGUUAUUCUCCUGGAAAGCAUACUAAUACGUGGCGAAUUUGGGAAGAGAUGG